AUGAAUGAGCAGAAGGCGUCGCCGAGGAGACCCCCGAGGAAACCCCCCCCGGAGAUGACGCGCGCGGAGGAUCUCGAGGAGCUACGCAAGGAGUGGAAGCGCGACCGCGAUCGCGCGUUCCGGGCGCGGCAGAAAGAAGCGAAAGCCGCCGUCGCCGACGCCGUCGCCGCCUGCGCGGCGACCGCGAACGCGAAGAAGAAGGAUCCUCAUCAGUCUACUAAAAAGCGCGACCAGGAAGAUUCGCUCGCCGCGGAGGACGCGCGCGCGAAGACGAAGACGAAGACGGAACCUCCGAAAACGGAACCUAAGUACGCCCCGCCGUGGCCGCCCGACCGCCCUCCGCGCGUCGUCGUCGUCGGCGCCGGCCCGGCGGGUCUGUGCGCGUCGCGCGCGUUGACUUUACACGGCGUCUCCGUGACGACGCUCGAGGCGCGCGAUCGCGUCGGCGGCCGCGUCCUGUCCGAGACGCUCCCGGAGCUGAAGCGCGACGACGUGAGCGCCGUCGCGCUUCCGAGCGUCGUCGUGGACCUCGGCGCGUCGUUCGUGCACGGCUGCCAUCGGUACAACCCUCUGUUCGCGAUGGCUCAGGCGCGUUCUAUACAAAAGUUUGAGUCCGGCGCGGCGUUGGACGCGAGCGACGGCGGCUACAGCGCGGGGUGGGGCGAAGACGCGAGCUGGUACGACGCGACGCGCGGCGGGAGCGUAGGUAGGAAGUCCGUGAAGCGCGCGUUCGCGGUCGCGAGGGGGCUGAGCGACGCGUUGGGUACGGUGGAGCCGCCGCUGACGCGAGACGAAGCGCUCGCUGCGGUGGGUGCGUUCUAUACACUGGUCCCCAUAUGA